UUGAUAUGAGGGGCAGUAAGCCCCUCUACGUCGUUCUCCGCCAUGUAUCGCACGGUGGGUCACGCUCGACGUCGACAUUGACACAGGAAGGAUGAUUCCGCCGUGACAGGCUGUCCAUGAGUGCGAACUGUCCGUAUCAAACCCAACGUCGCGGAGUACGGGUCCAUCUCACUUCAAACGUUCGUUGGGCGGCGAUAUGUCGAGGGCCCUGGGUUGUGUGUCGUGGAGAAGUUCGGGAGCCAGUUAUCGCUAUGUGUGUGCGGCGUUGCGAAAUACAGGCUUGCAAGUGUCGCCCCGCCCUCGGUGUUGACCGAAAGUCAACGAAUAUCACGCAUAAACCCCACCGGCAACCUCCCGCCCGUCCGCCAUUCACCGCUCGCAAGUCAGGACGAAUUCAUCAACAGCUUCUUUAGAUGUAUGCGACCCACACGCGCCUGAAGGACGAAUGUACUCAGUAGGCCGUCCGUCAGUCAAGGUUUCGCGUACGUCGUAUGUU